GGAAACGACAGGCUGUGAUGUCUUGGUUUAGGUAUAAAACGCUUUGGUCAGGCUGUCUACGAUGGAACGAACUGCAGCCGAGACAACACCUGCCCUAUGUCGUCGCCAGAGAUCGUCCUGGGGACAGGACAGAUGAAGGUGAAGGGCUGCUCCUCUUCCUAUAAGGACUGUAAGGUGUGGCCCGGGGAAAGCCGUGCCUGGGACUGGAGUGAGACUGGGACAGAUCAUCAAUCUGGAGUGCAUCCUGCAGAUCUGGAGGAGGUGCUUCAGAAGGGGGUGGAGACGCUGGUCAUCGGGCGGGGCAUGAGUGAGGCGCUGCAGGUCCCGUCCUCAACUGUGGAUUUUGUGAGACAGAGAGGAGUGGAACUGAGGGUGCUGCAGACAGAGAAGGCAGUCACAGAAUACAACAACCUGGUUGGCCAGGGAGCCAAGGUGGGCGGCGUCUUCCACUCUACCUGCUGAUGACAUCACACCACAGAGGUGGCCAGUAGGAGAAGUCUGAAAACUUGGCACGAUUCAACAGCGUCAUAUUCAUUACAGCACACCGUAGCAAAACGUUUUGCAAUGGAAAACAACAAUGGGCAUUUUGCAUUGUAGUCCCUCCCUAUUUUCUUCUGUUUGGUGCCUGAUGAACACAACCCUGGGGUGCAUUUAGCAAGGUGAAACAUUCAAAACACCGUAAUGAACAGCGCUGAAAUGACUUAAAUG